GUUGUUUAAAUAAAAACUAUGAAACACUAGUCGAAUAAAAAGGGUAAAAUUCACCCCUUAACAGACGCCGGCGCAUUGUCAUUGAUCAGCACGUGGCAUCAAAAGACUUUCUGUCGAAUAGUCAGACAAACGGUGACAAACCGUGCUUCUUGUCUUUUCGUGAUUUUUACCCCUCAAUAUAAUAAAAAUAUAAAUAAACAAGCAAUUUUUAUUUAUUUUUUAAAUAAAAAAAACUAAAUGAUAAUUUUUUUUGUUUUUAUUUUUCUAUAUAAAAAUAUUUAUUGUAAAAAAUUUUUUUGUUUAAAAAAUUGUGAUAAUAAUUUAAAAUUGUGAUAAUGAUAUUUUAGUUUAAUUAGAAAAAAAAUAAUGACAAUAUAAAUGACGUGAAAAUAGUUCAUAAAUUAAUUUAAUUUAGAUGUGAAAAAAUUAUUUAUUUUUUUUCGAUAUAGAUAAUUUUUUUUUUUCAAAUUUUCAUUGUAGAAGAAGAAUUUAAUGCAAGGGGAGUUUAUUGAUGUGGUAAAAAAAAGUACGAGCUGGUUCAGUUAAAUAUGGAUUGAUGAUAAAUAAAAGAUAGCGGUAUGGGCCCUUGGGCCUUUGGUUUACCACUUUUCCUCAUAUCAGCAUUGGGCCUACUUGUCAAUUCUUAUGUACUUCUUGUUGUUCUUGGUCUGCGAAAACAGCCCCAACAACAACAAACAGCAAAUACACUCUUGCUAGUUCAUCUUAGUGCUGUUGAAUCAGCAGUUUGUAUUGUUUCAAUUGUAUUCAGUAUAAGUGGAUGGCCCAUAACUGACACAUGGUGUAUGUUUCAUGGAUUAUUAUUGACGUUAUUACAUCCGGUUGCACUGUGGACGGUGACAGGAUUAAAUUGUGAUAGGUAUUAUGCAAUUGCAUCACCACUACAUUAUACAGCAAAGGUAUCACCGAAACGUAUUACAAUUGGUCUUAUUGGUUCAUGGACAAUUGGAUUGUUGCUUUGUUUACCUCCAUUGUCGGGCUUUGCACCAUCAUAUGAAUAUAAUCCAGGUCUUGGAUGUUGUAUACCUGAUUUUGGUAACAAUAGUUGGGGUAUUAGUGGAUUAAUAUAUUCAAUUAUUUAUAUAUUCAUUGGUCUAUUGUUACCGGCAAUACUUGUUACAAUAUGUAAUUUACGUAUUUUAAGUAUUGCCAGAUAUCAUCGUCAUCGUAUUGCAAGUGCAAUUUAUGAAGUUACAUUGAGUGCACAAGUUACAAUAACACAUCAAAGAAAUCCAUUUUUUAUACCAACAAUUACAGCACCAAGUUCUGGUGGACCACCAAAAUUUCACAGUGCAGCAAGUACAGUCAUGCAGUUAGUCGGAUCAUUGUAUUUAUUGUAUUUACCAUAUUGUGUAUUAAUAUUAUGGGAAUUGGUGUGUAAUGGUAAACAUUUUCAUGUUCAUCCAAAAAUACUGUCCUUGGCCUCACUAUUAUUGGCCAGUUCACCACCCAUUAAUGGUUUAUUAUAUGGCCUCAAGUCACGAACUCUACGUCGUUCUGUUCAGAAUUAUUGGCGAAAAAAAAUAACGAAAUCCGAAUUGCAGCAGGAAAUUCAAGCAAGAACACCAAGUGUAGCUGGAUCAAGAAGACCAUCAGCAAGUGGUCCAGUAUCAUUAUUUCCAUUUCCUCCACUUCAAAGAAGAUUAAGUGAAGCAUUAUUAAAUUUAGGAACAAAAUCACAAAAUUCUGGCUUUGAUAAUAAUAACGUUAUUGGUUUCAAUAAAACAAAACUUCAAUCAGCAGCAUCAUGCAAUACAUUACGAGUACCAACAACUGAAUCAAAUGAAAGUAACACAAGAGUUGUGAGAACAAGCACAAGUGCAGCAAGUUUAAUGGGUCAUUUUAAAAAUGAUAGAGAACAAGUUGAUAUUAAUUUAUCAGUAUUUGAUACAUCAAAGAAAAGUCCAAGAAUAUUAAUAACACGUACUGAAAGUUUAGAUUGUGAUAGUCCAAUUAUAAAACGUACAAGUAUUACAAAAAAUAAAAAUUCCAUCAUAAAUGAGAAACGUGGAUUGAGACAAAUGAGUGCAGGUAGUGACAGCAGUACUGGCAGUAGUGAAACAAAUGUUUGGACAACAAAAAUAUUGCCAAAAACAAGUGGUACUAAUUUAAAUAAUUCAAUGGACAAUUGGCCAACUGGUAAACGUUUUACUCGUGUUAGAACACUUGAAGAUAUGAUGCUUGCUAGUAAUCGAGCUAGUAAUAAUAGUGAAAGUAGUGAUACAACUGAUACAACAACUGCCACAACAAUAGCAUCAUCAACAUCAACAACAACAACGAUUUUACCAACAAAAUCAAUAACUAUGGCAAACGAACAAUCAACAUGUGACGAUGAAAACUUGAAUGAUAAAUUUCAUAUAAGUAAUGAUGACGGUGAUGAUAAUGAAGAAAGUCAAACAAAUUGGAGUAGCAGUGAUGAUAAUGAUAAAUACAUUAAUGAUGAUAUUAAUAAUGAUAAUUAUAUAAAAAAAAUUAAAAAUGAUAAAACUGGUCAUACUAAAAAAUAUAAUAAUUAUAAUUGAUAACAAAAAAAUUAUAACUGAUGAUAAAACUAAAGAGGAUCAAUUGAGGCCACUUUUACAACCUCGUUAAAUAAUUUUAUAAAUUGCUUUUUCAGUUUAUUUGAUUUAAUAUUUUUUAAACAAAAAAUUUAUUAUUUUUUCAAAAUUUCUAUUUUUUAUUUUCAUUCAAGUAAAUUUGUCAAUGAAAAAAAAAAAACAAUGCGUGUGACAUAUCCAAACAGUAUUUUUGUACUUGUGAUUCGAAAAAAAAAAAAA